AACUUUCUAUCUACUGUAUAUAAUAGCUGAUUUAUCGGCCCCGCCGAUCUUGGCCAGAAAUGGAGUGGUCUAACUGAUAGCAAUCCUCUUGCCCUUGCCCUUCAUCCACUGGGGUCACAUAAUCUCGGACUGAUAAGCGGAACGAAGCAAUCGCUUAAUUUGACAACAAACUAGUGCAUUUUCAACGUUUACGUAUACGGGUGACGACAUGGCUCAAACCACCGAAGUGCUGGUCUUUGGCUCUGCCAUCAUAGACUUUAUAUGUUAUACCUCCCGCCUUCCAAAACCUGGAGAAACGCUCCAUGGACACCGAUUUCAGACAGGUUACGGCGGAAAGGGCGCCAAUCAGUGCGUGGCCGCCGCUCGCCAAGGAUCCCGCACAGCUCUUGUGGCUAAAUUGGGGGCAGAUACCUUUGGCGGCGACUAUUUGCGACAGCUGCGCGAGGAGCAGGUUAAUGUGGAGCACGUGCAGCAGUUGGAAGGCCAAACGACGGGCGUGGCUCAGAUAGCUGUGUCCGAUGACGGCGAGAACAAUAUCAUCAUCGUGGUGGGCGCCAACAGUCAGCUGAGCCCCUCCGAUGUCAACAAAGCUGACAAGCUUUUUCAGGAGGCCAAAGUACUGGUCUGCCAACUGGAGACGCCAAUUGAGGCUACCCUGACGGCCCUUAAGUCUUUCCAGGGCGUCUCAAUCGUGAAUGCGGCCCCGGCCAUGGAGAAUACACCCCAGGAACUGCUCCAGCUGGCCAGUAUCUUUUGUGUGAACGAAAGUGAGGCGGCUCUUAUGACCCAAAUGGUCAAAAUCGAGACCGUGGAGGAAGCCCAAGAAGCCGCUGCGAAGCUGAGAAAAAUGGGCGCCAACAUAGUUAUAAUAACUCUGGGGAAACUAGGAGCCAUUUUCGGAACCUGUGACCCUAAGGACGGUUACCAGCAUGUUCCUGCGCCGCAAGUGCCACCAGAGAAAGUGGUGGACACUACAGGAGCCGGUGAUGCCUUUAUCGGCGCUUUGGCCCACAACAUUGCCCGUCAUCCAAAGAACAAAAUGAGGGAUCAUAUUGUCGCCGCCUGCCAAGUGGCCUCUCAAUCCGUCCAGCUACCCGGGACACAGGCCAGCUUUCCACGUACUUAGAGGCCGAACAUUAAAUCUCUUUUCAAACGUA